AUGGAUGGUCAAGAUGGUGGUCGCGUAUUGAAACGCGCGGACCCUUCAACCAUUCAGGAUAAAUUUCUUGUAGGAUACCAAGGAUGGUUCACUUGUGCCGGCGACGGGGAGCCAAUCGACCCAGGCCAUCAUGGAUGGUUGCAUUGGUUGAACUACCCAAUACCUAAUGGUGGAAGACCUACUAUUGAUCCGUGGCCUGAUGUAUCGGAAUACUCUCCUUCAGAGUUAUAUCCGGUUCCAGGAGUCAAGUCUCCUUCUGGAGAACCAGCUACCCUUUUCUCUUCUCGUCACCCAAAGACUGUCCAAAGACAUUUCCAUUGGAUGGCGCGCCAUGGCAUCGAUGGUGUCUUUCUGCAAAGAUUUUUAGGACAAUGCGAUACGGAACGCGGGAGCAAAGGUAUACCGCGUCUUCGAGAUGAGAUUAAUGAUCGCGUUCAGGAAGCCGCGGAGAAGGAGGGUCGUGUUUUCGCAGUCAUGUAUGACGUUACAGGUGUCGAGCCCGACGAUGUAAUGAGGAUUUUCACGAAAGACUGGAUUCACCUUGUCCGCGAAAAACGUAUACUAGAAAGUCCGAAUUACCUCAGAGAAAGAGGGAUGCCAGUAAUUGGCCUUUGGGGCUUCGGUUUCGAUAAGAGAAAGGACACUCCUGAGCUGGUAAGGGAAGUCACACGCUUUGUGAGAGAUGUUACUCCAGGCGGGGCCUACAUUAUGGCUGGUACAGCUACCCAUUGGCGAAGGUCUACUGAAGACGCGGAUCGCAAUCCUGCCUUUCUCGACGUGUGGCUCAAGGAAUUUGAUGCUAUAUCACCCUGGAUGGUCGGACGAUUAACAGACGAAGAACAUGUCGAUAUAUAUGCGGAACAUUACAUGAAAGCAGACAUCGAACUCCUCCGAAAGAGUCACGAGGAAGGUGGAAGAAAGAUUGACUAUAUCCCUGUGAUAUAUCCCGGCUUUUCCGGUUUAAACCUAAGCGAGGGGAAGUGGAAAUUCAAUCAAAUUAAACGCAACGGUGGCAAAUUCUUGUGGCAGCAAAUCUUCAAUGCAAAGCGACUAGGCCUAAGAGUCAUGGCUAUGUGGGAUGAAUAUGACGAAGGCACCGCUCUCAUGCCUGUUGUUGAAAAGAGCCGUUUGUUGCCCCGUUCCGACAAAUACUCAUUCAUGGCCCUCGACGCAGAUGGUUAUGAUUUACCGGCAGACUGGUAUAUGAGGAUUUGUGGCUUCGCUGCAGAAGGUCUGCGUAGCGAGAGAAUGAUUCAUGAGACGUUUCCAUCCAAGGAGUUACAGGAUUAUUGGUCCACGCGGCCGCGGUUUGAAGAAAUAAAUAUCAAAUCUGGAGAUUUUGUGUCUGGCUCUGCUGGGGAGUUAGACGGCGGACAAUCGUAUCAGAGCUGGCUCGCCGCCCAGAAGGACAGCAAAGACGAAGUACCUCCGCCUCCAUACUCCCUUGAGGCUGAACAUUCCACUACUACUUCCUCUCAAGCUCAGGCCAGUGGUCAAUCACAGCCUGCUGAUGCAAGUGCAAGUUCAUCUCACCAUGCUCAAAAUGAGUCAAUAGUCGCUUCUGGCCUCUCUCAGCCUUCUCUCGCGAACGAUACGACAGCGUCGUCAGUUACGCGGCCGCCUCUACAUCCUUCCCACCCUAGUCGAAGUUCAUCUAGUUCGAAUGCCUCGAUAUCACCGCCUACUCAUCCCUCUCGUUCCCGUCCUCCCGAACCUAAUCGUUUGUCUCGACCACAGUCAAUUUCAGCUUCUCGACUUCAAACUCAGUCACAGCCCCAGUCGCAACCCUUAUCCUCGACUCAGAAUUCGGAUCAGGCAGCGCAUCCCGCUGCCUCACCUCACUGGCCUCCUGCAGAAUGGAAUGCAGAUACCAAUCGACCUCCUACUUCGAUGUCCUAUCAGCCGUAUCGACCAAAUCGAACCCCGUCACAAGCCUCGCUUACUAUACCGCAGACGUCUUCUUCGAGGCCAACCAGUCCUUAUGAUUCUCAGAGUGGGAUCCUACACCCAUCCUGUGAGCUUUCAAAUCGACCUAUUAGUCCACAACCACCAGUGGCUUCUGUGGGAUCACCAUUGUCUUUUCCUCAAGCUCGUGUUUCUGGACCAACAAGUGCUAGUGAUCAUCGAGUUAGUGGCACAGCUUCGUAUACACCUUCAGGAAGCCCAUCGUUUCCUCCUGGACCCUACGGUCCGGCUGCGGUUCAAGAAGGCUCUUCGCACUCUACGCAUACCCCGCAUCCGAGCAGUCCUUCCUUUCGUGCUGAAUUUUAUGGUCCGACGUCGUCUCAACCACCCACAGUUCCGUACACUUCUCAUCCUUCUCAUCCUUCUUAUUCUACCCAGUCUACUUUCGGAAGUCCUUAUCCGGGCAUGAGUCCCCCGCAUAGUCCAUCUGUUGGAGGGUUUCCAGAUCCUUAUUACAAUGGACAUCCCCCGCCUCCGUCGCAGCAGUAUCAGAUGCCAGGCUAUCCUCCUUCCCAAAAUACCUUUCCGCAAUCGUCGUACAAUAGUCCGGGUCAGUGGUCCACCCCUCCAUCGAUCCCUCCCCGUAAGCACACUAAUCUCCCGGUUAAUCUGACCCUUUCAGUCAUCACUGAACUGAAUCAUCAUCCUUCUCUUCUAUCAGGCCCAGCAAACCUGACUUCGCCAACCUCUCCCCCAAAUCAGUAUCAGCCUUACCCUGGAAGUUAUUCAAGCUAUCCUCAGCAUAUGCCAUCGGCACCGUCGUCCUCAAGUUUCUCAAACUAUGCACGAAAUGCCGUCGACAAGGUGGCUGGACAAGAUACUCGACAGCAAUUAGAGAACAAAUUGGGCAGCCUAGCGCAAAGUAAGUUCUUUUUUCUGAUCGCAUUCAUUGGCACCUCGUGCGAGCAGAACUGA